GUGGAAGGAGCGGCCAGUCACACGGUCCGCCGUCAGUCAGAGCGCGUGGAGCCGCAGAAGGUGGAACUGUCCAGUGCUGAUGCUCUUCGAACGCUCAAGACUGCUGGGUGGACGACCAGAUCUGCUGACCGGAGAGAAAGUUUCGUUUGAUAAAAUCGGUAUCAUACACGAUGGUGGAUGCAGCUGAAUGUUGUGUGAAGGUGAUGUGCCGAUUCAGGCCACUUAACGAGUCGGAAAUCACCAGAGGUGACAAAUACAUACCGAAAUUCAAAGGAGAAGACACCGUGGUGAUAGCGGGCAAGCCUUAUAUCUUUGACCGAGUCCUUCCUCCGAACACGACACAAGAACAAGUAUAUGAUGCCUGUGCCAAACAGAUUGUUAAAGAUGUGCUGGGUGGCUAUAAUGGGACCAUCUUUGCUUAUGGCCAAACCUCAUCUGGAAAGACUCACACUAUGGAGGGCCAGCUUCAUAACCCCCAGCUGAUGGGCAUCAUCCCUCGCAUCGCCCAGGACAUCUUUGACCACAUCUACUCUAUGGAUGAGAACCUGGAGUUCCAUAUCAAGGUCUCUUAUUUUGAAAUCUACCUGGACAAAAUCAGAGACUUGCUUGAUGUUUCCAAAACCAACCUGGCUGUACAUGAGGAUAAGAACCGGGUGCCCUUUGUCAAGGGUUGCACAGAGCGUUUUGUGUCCAGUCCAGAGGAUGUCAUGGAUGUGAUCGACGAGGGUAAAUCCAAUCGUCAUGUGGCUGUCACAAACAUGAAUGAGCACAGCUCCCGCAGUCACAGCAUUUUCCUCAUUAAUAUUAAGCAGGAGAAUGUGGAGACAGAGAAGAAAUUGAGUGGAAAACUGUACCUGGUGGAUCUUGCAGGAAGUGAAAAGGUCAGUAAAACUGGAGCAGAAGGAUCUGUGUUGGACGAGGCUAAAAAUAUCAAUAAGUCUCUCUCUGCUCUGGGGAACGUCAUCUCAGCCCUGGCUGAAGGAACCAAAACCCAUGUGCCCUACAGAGAUAGUAAAAUGACCAGGAUCCUUCAGGACUCUUUGGGUGGGAACUGCAGAACCACCAUCGUCAUCUGCUGCUCUCCCUCUGUAUUUAAUGAGGCUGAGACCAAAUCCACUCUCAUGUUCGGUCAGAGAGCCAAAACCAUCAAAAACACAGUUUCUGUGAACAUGGAGCUCACAGCUGAGGAAUGGAAGAAGAAAUAUGAGAAAGAGAAAGAGAAGACCAGAGGUCUGAAAAUCAUCAUCCAGCGGCUAGAAAAUGAGCUCAAACGAUGGCGAAAAGGUGAGACUGUACCUGUUGAUGAGCAGCACAGCAAUAAAGAAUCAAAGAAUUCAGAAGUCGCUCCCAUAAUUGACACUUCAGCUCCGCCCCCUGAGCCUCUUUCUGAUUCAGAGAAAACCCAGUAUGAGGAGCUGAUCAAUGACCUAUAUCAGCAGCUAGACGACAAGGAUGAUGAGAUCAACCAGCACAGUCAGCUGGCAGAGAACCUGAAGCAGCAGAUGGUGGAUCAGGAUGAGUUACUGGCAUCCACACGGCGUGACUAUGAGAAGAUCCAGGAUGAUCUGAGCCGUUUGCAGCAUGAGAACGAGGCAGCAAAAGAGGAGGUGAAGGAGGUGCUCCAGGCCUUAGAGGAGCUAGCGGUGAACUAUGACCAGAAAAGCCAUGAGGUGGAGGAGAGAGGCAAAACAAACCAACAGCUCUCAGAGGAGCUUGUACAAAAGAGUGCCGCUCUGGCUGGUGUGGAGAGGGAUCUGUCUGCCCUGCAGGAACUCAGUGGACAUCACAAAAAGAGAUCAGCAGAGAUCCUCGGUUUAUUGCUCCGGGACCUCAGUGAGAUUGGCAGUGUUAUUGCCUUGAAUGACCACAAGAUGACAGAGAUGAACGGAGGAAUGGAGGAGGAAUUCACCAUGGCACGGCUCUUCAUCAGUAAAAUGAAGUCAGAAGUGAAGUCUCUGGUCAACCGCAGUAAACAGCUUGAGAGCACACAGACAGACACAGUGCGCAAAAUGCAGGCCAACGAGAAGGAGCUAGCUUCCUGCCAGCUCCUGAUCUCUCAGCAUCAGGCAAAGAUCAAAUCCCUCACAGACUACAUGCAGAACAUGGAACAGAAGAAGAGACAGCUAGAGGAAAGCCACGACUCACUAAUGGAGGAGCUCGCUAAACUACACGCACAAGAAAAGAUGCAUGAGGUGUCAGUCAUGGAUAAGGAAAAGGAACACAUGAGCAGGAUGCAGGACGCUGAGGAGAUGAAGAAAGCCCUGGAACAGCAGAUGGAAAGCCACAGAGAGGCUCAUCAGAAACAGCUCUCGCGUCUGCGAGAUGAGAUUGAAGAGAAACAGAGGAUCUUGGAUGAGCUUAAGGAUGUGAACCAGGCUCUUCAGCUUGAAAAGAAGCAGCUCCUGUCUGGCUAUGAAAAGCUCAAACAGGAGGAUCAGAAGAAGGACGAAAGAUUGCAGAAGCUUGUUUUGCUGAAUGAAAAGAGGGAGCAAGCCAAAGAAGAUCUCAAAGGUCUGGAAGAGACUGUGGCCAAAGAGCUCCAGACUCUCCAAAACCUGCGUAAGCUGUUCAUCCAGGACAUCAAUAGUCGCAUUGGGCGAAGUAUGGAGUUGGACACUGAUGAAUCUGGGGGAAGUCUGGCACAAAAACAGAAAAUAAUUUUCCUGGAGAACAACCUGGAACAGCUCACUAAAGUCCACAAGCAGCUGGUACGUGAUAAUGCAGACUUAAGAUGUGAGCUGCCCAAACUGGAGAAGCGCCUGCGUGCAACUGCUGAGCGUGUGAAGAUCCUGGAGUCUGCUCUGAGAGAGGCCAAAGAAAGUGCCAUGAGAGACCGUAAGAAGUACCAGCAGGAGGUGGACCGUAUCAAGGAGGUCAUCCAAGCCAAGAAUCAGGCGAGGAGGAACCACAUUGCACAGAUCGCUAAGCCUAUUCGUGCUGGACAUCAUCACCCAGUGGCUUCUGCCUCACCGGGCCACGGUGUCAGAGGGGGUGUCCCAAGCCCACGACGACACCACCAGCACCAACCACAGCACCACCAACAGCAGCAGCAGCAGCAGCAGUACCAUCACAGGAACAAGUGAAAAACAUACCACGGUACAAAAAAUGACAAGUUCGAUACCUGUCAGCGCAUCUUUCCAUUACAGCUGUGUGGCAACAAGAAGACGUCUUUUUCCAAUGCAGUGUUUUCCAUUUGCUGAGGGGAAAGAAAGAGCUACUGUCAUCUUUUACGAAGACUUUUCAAGUUUACUUCCUGUCCUUACCAUGACCUCCAUGCAUUCAUCCUGUUUAAGUCAACUCCCUUCUUCCCUCCGUUUAUUCAUCAGCCCUGAAUAGAGAUGUGAGAUCUGUGGACUCAUCAAUGAAUAAACAAACCCAGACCCACACACUAAGACUAAAGGAUAUUGUCUUUUGAACAGAUAGAAGAGCUAUUUCAUUGCGACUUUUUCUCUUUUCUUCUUCCUCUCUUUGGCUAUUUUCUGCCCUGAUUCGCUUUGUAUUUGAAAAAGUCUUCGGUGUUGGAAUUACAUUCUGAUUACAGUAAUUCAGCUCGUCUUUCAUCACAUAUGCCAGGUUAGUUUCCAUAGUAGGAAGUUUUGAAAGAUGAAAAGUUGUCACAAAAAUCAGCAUUGGUAGUUUUUACAACCUCAGGAGUAACAGAGCCUUUCUGUGGUUCUUUUAAUUGGCACUAAUUCUUUCAGUAUUAAUGGCCAUUGAGAACAUGCAGUGACAUGACUGGAAUGUAGUUUAGGAACACACACGUUGCUUCAAGCUUAAUUUGUCAUGAUUUAUAAUAACUGAUAUUACUGGAUGUUAAUUUUUAUAUUAAUUUAUUUUUGUAUACAUUAAGUAUUGGAAUUGCAUUUACUUGCAUAUUGUCUUUUUUAGAUUAUUUUAAGUUCCUCACAUUAGAACCAGGUCAUCAUGUGUACAUGUUUUUAUACAGAUAUCGGUGCUUCGAAAAUAUUCUUUACUGUAAUUUAUACCGUAAGGUGCUCUGGAGCAAACUACAACGGUAAAACAUCAGUAGUAAUACCACAUCAGUGGUAAAAACCUGGAAUCAUUUCUUUGUCGUUUAUUCUUGUUACUUAAACUGACCUGUUUUAAAGGGCAUGAAAUGCAAUCAUUUAAAGAAAGCCAAAGGCAGACAUUAGAGCUUCACAUAUGAAUAGAUCAGAUACGUUUAAGAAAGCAAAUGUGGAGAGAUUUUACAGCUGAUUGUUUAUUUGCUAUUUAUGUGCUCAAUUAAUUUCAUUUUGUUUAUUUUUAUAUCAUUUUAUCAUUAUUUAUUAUUCUUGAUGUCAUUAAAAUAUGAAAGAUGAAGGAUGCAUGCUAUCAUGCAAUAGCUAUUUACAAUCCUUUGCUAAUAUAAAAAAUGUUGCCUAUUAACUGUCUGGUGUUAAUUGUCUUUAGUAAGCUUUUGAGUCUAUGUGCUCAGCUUUGUUUCUUAUCACUUGUUACUACAUCAGUACAUGAAAAUGUUAAUAUGAUGAAAACAAAAUCUUGUUCAGUUUACUGUAAAGACUGACCAACUCCAUGAUAAGUGUUGCGAGCACUUUCUUGCGCUCUCUUGUGGGAUGUUGUGAACUGACAAAGAAAAACAUACAAUUACUGAAAUUCAUCUUCGGUUCCAUUUGAGGAUCUCCCCUGGCAAAUGAACUUUGUUCAUCACUGAAAUAAUUAGUUUUUCCUCUUUAGAAGAUCGUCUAAUGUAAAGUACACAAAGCACAUAACUUAACAAGGUCUAGUGUUUUUGUAUGUCCUUGGACUGUUUUUCCAUGUAGCUCUAUGGUGGUGAGUUACUGUACUGCACACAGAGACCUCUUAAAAAUGUGUUUGUCUUCAGGUUCUUGUUCACAAGUGUUUCAAAAGUUUCUGAAAUGUGCUAUGAACUUUACCUCAGCAGUGUAUGGAGCAUCUGAAAAUGAGAUCAGAGAACAUGGAAUGAACUUCAGUUGCUUUGUAGGAGAAGGAAGUGCCACAACAUGGAUAUGAAAUGGUUGCUAAUGUUUGUUCCAAGAUAUCACGCAAGCAAACGUGUUAUGGAUAACAGGGUUUCAGCUACAGAGUGUGACACUUAUUUAUCAGAUAUUGGUGUGGAAUAAAUAAAAGUUUACUAAAUGUA